AUGGCUUCCACCCGCACUAUGCUGCGAAGGGAAGCUCUCCGCCGGCCAGCACUCCGCUUUGUCAGGGUCUUGCCCUCCGCUUCAUGUUCCUGCGACGGUGUUUCUCCUUACUUAGUUGUGCUGCUUGACCAGGCGGCUUCCCUUGGGGCACUGUAUUUAAUGAAGUGGGCAAGAAGUAGUCAUGAGGUCAUCAGCUCAAAACCAAAUACGGUCUUUUUUAACUUACAGGUUCUUGAGUGUGGAGUCUGUGAAGAUGUAUUUUCUUUGCAAGGUGACAAAGUUCCCCGGCUGCUUUUGUGUGGCCAUACUGUCUGCCAUGACUGUCUUACCCGGCUUCCCCUUCAUGGCAGAGCAGUUCGUUGUCCUUUUGAUCGACAAGUUACUGAGCUAGGAGAUUCUGGAGUCUGGGGAUUGAAAAAGAAUUUUGCUUUGUUGGAACUCUUGGAACGGUUGCAGAAUGGACCUGCUGGGCAGUGUGGGACAGCAGAAGAAGCCAUUGGUCUAUCUGGAGAGAGUAUUAUUCGUUGUGAUGAAGAUGAAGCCCACAUUGCAUCUGUGUAUUGCACAGUCUGUGCCACUCACCUGUGUGCAGACUGUUCCCAGCUCACUCAUUCUACUAAGACACUAGCGAAACACAGGCGUGUGCCUCUUGCUGAUAAGCCUCAUGAGAAGACAAUGUGCUCCCAACACCAAGUGCAUGCUAUCGAGUUUGUUUGUUUGGAAGAGGGCUGUCAGGCGAGUCCUCUCAUGUGUUGUGUCUGCAAAGAAUAUGGAAAGCAUCAAGGUCAUAAGCAUUCUGUCUUGGAACCAGAAGCGAACCAGAUUCGUGCAUCCAUUUUAGACAUGGCUCACUGUAUAAGAACUUUCACAGAAGAAAUCUCAGAUUAUUCCAGAAAACUGGUUGGAAUUGUUCAGCAUAUAGAAGGAGGAGAACAAAUAGUUGAAGAUGGAGUUGGAAUGGCCCAUACUGAACAUGUACCAGGAACUGCAGAGAAUGCUCGCUCAUGUGUCCGAGCCUAUUUUUCUGACCUUCAUGAAACCCUGUGUCGUCAGGAGGAAAUGGCUCUUAGUGUUGUUGAUGCUCACGUGAGAGAGAAGUUGAUUUGGCUUAGGCAACAGCAAGAAGACAUGACCAUCCUCUUGUCACAGGUUUCAACAGCUUGUCUUCACUGUGAAAAGACUUUACAACAGGAUGACUGCAGAGUAGUGUUGGCCAAACAGGAAAUUACAAGAUUGCUAGAGACAUUACAGAAACAGCAGCAGCAGUUUACAGAACUUGCAGAUCAUGUACAGUUGGACGCUAGCAUACCUGUCACUUUCACAAAGGACAACAGGGUACAUAUUGGACCAAAGAUGGAAAUUCGGGUUGUCACUUUAGGAUUAGAUGGAGCUGGCAAAACAACUAUUUUGUUUAAGUUAAAGCAAGAUGAAUUCAUGCAGCCAAUUCCAACAAUAGGUUUUAAUGUUGAAACAGUAGAAUACAAGAAUUUGAAGUUUACUAUUUGGGAUGUAGGAGGAAAACACAAAUUGAGGCCCUUGUGGAAACAUUAUUAUCUGAAUACACAAGCGGUGGUGUUUGUUGUUGAUAGCAGUCACAGAGACAGGAUCAGUGAAGCAUACAGUGAACUUGCGAAAUUAUUAACAGAAAAGGAAUUGCGGGAUGCCUUGCUCUUGAUCUUUGCUAAUAAACAGGAUGUAGCAGGUGCACUUUCGGUGGAAGAAAUCACAGAACUGCUGAGUCUCCACAAACUCUGCUGUGGCCGUAGCUGGUAUAUUCAGGGUUGUGAUGCCCGAAGCGGUACAGGACUUUAUGAAGGAUUGGACUGGCUUUCCAGGCAGUUGGUGGCUGCUGGUGUCCUGGAUGUGGCUUAGUUUUACAGUAGCUGCAAUUUAAGGUUGUACUUUAUGGUCUUGUUCGCAUGACCAGGAUGUUGUCACCAGGUCUGCUCUCUGAAGAGGGGACUUCAUUUAACUUGGUGAUUACAGAAAAAUAAGGCUUUAUCCUAGAUUGGAUAACUGGUUCAGUAAACUUCUGCUGUUACAGUGUUUUUGAAAUUUGAUAGUAGUGGAAUAGGCUUGUUACAAGGAUGUUAUGAAAUUCUUUUUAGUGAAAUUGUUACAAUUUAAAAUUCUUCCCUGAUAAAAUCUGCGUUGGAGUUCAUACAAUAAUUGUAAUGAUGUUAUAGUAGGUGAUUAGUGUUAGAAAAAUUCUGAGUGGUUUAGAAAUACUUUCCCGUGAAAAUAUUCCAAAAAUCCAUCUCAAGUUAUUAGAAUAGCCAUCUCUAAUAGUCAGAAAUAAAUGGUGCUACUCUUUAAUAUCUAAAGAAUCUAUUAAUGUAAAGGUGGCAUUCAAGCUUAAAUGUAAAUACACCAUAUAAAGAGUUUCCCCUCUAUUUAUUAGCUUCCUUGUUUGUUAUCAGAAGGCAGCAUACCUGCAUAAAGAAAUCCCAGAAUGGAGAACUGUGUUGCAGAGCGAGGAGGCUAUGGCAUAGUUUAGCUACUCCUUUUCUAUCGGGGGGGCAGGGGUUAGUUGGGUUUUUCAUGCUAAGUUAUUUAUGGACACACUGUAGUGAUACUGAGGUGAAAGUGUUUUGUGCAUACUUGAGGACAUAAUCGGCCUUUAAAGAUUAAGUUUACUCCUCAAGAAGUCAAAUUAAAUUUUAAAAAAACUUCUUAAAGAAGUAGUGUGCUGUAAUGUCAAUCCAGCUAUGUACUUUUAUGUAGAAGUCAUGCUUCCAGAUUAAGGUAGUGGCCUUAAAAUAUUCAAUGACAUAAUGGAAAACCAGUGUACACUAAUUAUAACUCUUAUUUAGAAGAGUAGAUAGUAAAAUGUGAUAUAAACCUUCCAUAAUUAGAUAUUCAGUUCUUUCUGUAUCUUCUACAUGGAGUUGUUACCAUUGCCUCUAUUUUUGAAGAUUAUGCAUUCACAAACUCACGAAAUAUGGGUGUAGUGCUGUUUAAAUUUAGAGAAGGUUGCAGUGACUUACGGUGUCUGUUUUUCUGCUGGACGUGCAACUCUGCUAACAAUUUUAUCUGUCUGGUAUGUGCACCAGAACCUUCUGCCCUUCUCUUUUAGUGCAUGGCCACUGCCAGCUGAAGAAACCAUGCCAUCAAUUCUCCUUCGUGUUAGUAGAGGAGCUACAAAGAGCAUGACCAAUAGAUCAAAACUGUGUAUCAUCACUUUUCUUACUGGAGUAGAGAUGAGUCAGGAGAACCGGACUGUGGAAGUGAACAGUGUUCCACAGAUGUGGAGAUAUUUUUGCCACACUGGAAAGUGUGCUUACCUGUGAGAGCUCUGAACCUCACGGGGCAAAGAAAGUGUAUCCCAUUAUCUGUGGCUAUGGCUUUCAUUGUCACUUUGGUUUCCUACUGCAUACCUUAGGUAAAGCCAAGAAUGUAUGAACAAAUAGUUUUAGUACACUUGCACUUUUCUUCAGGCGGAAUUAGUUGAGGUAACUACUUCCUCAUAAUGUCACUUAUUUGUAUUUUUCUCUUGUUACUUAAAUUUCAGGUAAAUGGUGUUAAAUGCAGCUUCAGAUUCAGCAGGUAUAAUGACUUGAAUAGUACCUGAAAGAACACUAAGCUUCAAAGUAGUAUAAUGUUUGCAAAAUGAAUUUCAAUGCCUACAUAGGUACUGAGACAGGGUAUUUACUCUCUCUUCAGACAAGCUGAUAUAUUUGGAAAUAGCUUAUAACAGAGUAAAAGGUGGGGUUUUUUGCACCUACCAAACUUUAAAUUUGGCUGUCUUUCCCAGCCUGUAACUUCUUGAAUGAUAUACAGUUGACUGCUCUGACUUGAGCAUCUGCUUAGCCUGUACUGUGGAGCAACCCCUACCUAGUUAGGGCUUACUGUCCCUUCACAGCUCUUUUCACAACUCUUUUUGAAAUACAGACAAGUUCUGCUAAGUAUGGUCGAUAUCUUUUCCUGGAAUAUUUGUAACAGAAGACAUGCAUUCUUUAGAAAAAUCCUGAUUCUAUAGUUUUAUUUUAGCUGACUUAAGCUUCAGUUACACAUGCUGCUCAGUUCUAUUUCAAAAUAUUCAAGGUGACUAGUUUGGAUUCGAUGUGAGGGCAGAGGAAAAAUUUUCACUCAUGCAUAUUUUUGAGUACAAGUGGUUGCUUGUGACAUAUGGAAUGCUACCGUAAGUGUUUUUAAACUGAGUUUAUUUAAGAUGACUUGAAGUAACUGUGAAGGUGUUACGUUUGUCUGUGAACUCUUUGGUGUAAACAGGUACACUAAGAGGUUUAUUUGUAUACUGCUUCAGUUAUAAAUUUAAGCUUGUUUCCUCAACUUUACUGAACUUUAGUUUUUGGUGUACUGACUUAUGCAAUAUGUAAUUGGAAUAUUUUCUCAACUAGAACUCACUCAAGCAUUACUAACUGCGAGGAUUGUCUGAAAAGACUGAAUGACUUCUCAAAUGAUUUUGACUUAAUUCUGAAAUUGAGUAAAUGCAACAUCCAGUGACUGUGUUGUGGCUUUCUUUAAAGUAUAUCAUCUCGAAAACAGUAUGGUUAAGGUUAGGCUGACUGAAAAGUAAUGUUUUAUGACUUGGUAUGAUCUUUCUGUAUUCUGCCUUCAAAGUUAUUGUGGACUAUGAGGGUUUGCUUCUGAGAAUGUUGGAAUAGAUGUGGAUGUUAUGUAAAUUUCUUGGAAGAAAGGGCUUUUUUUAGUGGAGCUGCUGCAAUUUGAGUUGCCCAGAAAAUUAUUUCUUUUCAAUAAAAGUAUGUAAACCCUGGAGAGCUACCGUUAA